CAAAGUGCCUUUUUGGGUGUGGGGGAGGAAGCUCGUAACUGAGUAAAGCAGGAAGGACCAAUGUCGUUUGGCCUUCGUACUUCAGCUAUGUAUGAACACAUGCUCAGCGAGCAACUGAGGACGAGGACGGACGAGGAGGCACGAGGAAGACUGCGAGAACAUGUUGGGAUCACUAUUUGGGAAUGACUGAAAAGGCCCACAAAGAUUACUUAAAGGAGAUUCCUCUGGUGCUCUUCCAUCAACCGAUGGCUCUGAGAUGCUCAUGUUGCACUACAGGCUCUGGGACGUCCACGACGUUGCUGUGCUCCUCUGCUUCACGUUGUACGUGUGUCACCUAGCCGGGGCCAUCUCUAUCCAAUCAUCCCAGCAAGGCCUCACCCGGUCUGUGCAGGAGGACGUGUUCUUCUCCGUGGCCGUGGCCUGCAAUGGCACCCCCACCAUCCAGUGGACCUUCAUGUCCAGCUCGGUGAGCCGCGAAGUCGGCACCUGGCGGCCUGGCGCCUUCACCAACAUCACGGCGGACUACAGCAGCCGCGUGGAAGCGCACGACAACGGCUCCAUGGGCCUGUCGGAUCUGCGCCUGCAGGAUGCAGGCUAUUACGUGGUGACGAUCACUGACGAGAUGGGUAGCAGCAAGGAUGUAGGAUUUGUCCUCAAAGUCAACGAGGUUUUGUAUGAGGACCUGCAAUACCUGUCGGUUUCGGCCUUGGCGCUGGCCUGCUUAGCGGGCCUCCUCAUGCUGACCAUGUGGCUCUUGGACAAAGCCUACAGGAAGAUAGUGGCAUGGAAGCGCAGGAAGCAGAUGCCAGAAAAUGACGCAACGGAGCUACAGCCUCUUUGACACAUUUGUCGGGACUACAUGUUUACAUGUCGCCGGAAGGACUGUUCCCCCCCUUCUUCACCUCAGUGGAUGUGGUGUAUAAGAACUAAGACUGAGGUGCUCACAGAGGAUUUUUUUUAUACAUGGACAUCACUGUAAAAUAUUAAUUGUAUUUAUUGCCAAAAUAUGAGAUUAUUUGGAGUAACUGCCUGUUCACUAGGUCGAUUGUGUCCUCCCUCUUAAUACACAAACACGCACACAACAUUGGUCAUGUGACAUAACAGAGGAAGUCCAACAGAACAGGAUUCUCAAACUUUUUAGGUCCAAGUACCCCUUACUGAGAAGAAAUUCUUCCAAGGAAUCCCUCAUAAUCGUAACGACAAGUAAACAUACAUACAUGUAAAUAUUGUAUCUAAAAAUCUAAAUGUUGUAGGAAUAAAAAAGUAGCCUAUUUUUGAUAAAAAAGUUAUGAAAAGAUUUUUUUUAGAAAGAUAAUUCAUCCAUCCAUUUUCUGUACCGCUUAUCCUCACUAGGGUCGUGGGUAGAAAGUUUAUUUUGAAGAAUAAAUUUACAUUUUCUUCGAGAAAAAAAGGCAUAAGCUUUAGAAGAAAGAUGAAUUUUGCAAGUAAUUUAUGAGAAUAAAGUCAGAUUUCUUCCAAAAUAAAGUUGCAAUACAGUGGACUCUGCCAUUUUGCGGGGGAUAGGGACUGGGACUGUAGCAAAUAGCGAAAAUCUUUAAAUAAUCAAGACUCUUUAUAAUUGCCAUGAAAAAAAACAACUUUGUUUUCUGCAAAAAAACCAACAACAAAAAGAAAUGCAAAUAAACAGGGAGUUUUGCAUAGAAUGGGGUAUGAGUUCACCCCCCAAAAAAAAUCUACGAAUAGGUGAAUCCGCGAAUGCCGAACCGCAAAUAUGCUGUAUUAUAAUAUUAAAGUAAGGGAAGAAAGUCACAUUUUAACUUCAGACGCUAAACUGAAAUGCUGUGGAAUUAACUGAAAUGUUAAAAUGUAGAGUGUGAGACUUGGAAUGGUUUGAGUCAGCUGAAAAAUGUGUGAGGUGGCAAAUAUGUACAUCUUAAUCUGGGAUUUUUUGUGAAAAUUAGGAAUUCUGGGAAUAGGAAUAGUUCCCAAGAUGUCCCAAAUGAGCUGAAUAUUUGAAGUUGGAAACCUUUGACUCAGUCAAGAAAUGAGGACGGAAAAGCCAAUUAUGUUAAAUUUGGGAAUUUUAUUGUGAAAAUGUGCUAUUUGGGAAUGUGGAAAAUAGUUCCUGAGAUGUUCUGAACGAACGGAACGGUUUGAAUUUGGAAUGGGAAAGAUGACACAAAUGUUACAUUCACAUUUUUUUUGUGUGGUGAAAAUGUGGAAUCUAGGAAAAGUGGAAAUUUUUGGAAUGUGAAAAUCCACGUCCUGAAGUUGAGAAAUAUAUCAGGAGAAGUGUGUCUAAAAAAGUGGGGAGAUUCCUAAUAAAAAAAAGUUACAUUUUUUUGGUCUAGAAUAACGUGUGAAUGCUGAAGGGCAUUCACACAAGUGAAAAGUUUUCCCCCCCUCAUCUUUUAUUCUGGAAAAGGGGCCUUCAUUCUAAAAAGAAGAAAAACUAAAAUUUUGAAAAAUACAUUCAUCCAUCCAUCCAUCCAUCCAUCCAUUUUCUACCGCUUAUCCGAGGUCGGGUCGCGGGGGCAGUAGCUUUAGCAGGGACGCCAAGAAUUCCCUCUCCCCAGCCACUUCACAUUCAUUUACAAAAAUAAAUAGGACUGUAUUCUUGAUAAAUACACCUUUAUUUUCUACAACAAAAGGACUGGAUUCUCAUAAAAUACCUGUAUUUUCUAGAAAAAUAGAACUAUUCUAGACAAAUACAUUUUGCUCAAGAUAGGGCUGUAUUGUUGAUAAAUACACCUUCAUUUUCAAAACAGACUGUAUUCUUGAAAAAUGCAAGUUUUAUUUUGUUAAAAUAGGACUAUAUUCUAAGAAAAUACCUUUAUUUUCUAGACAAAAUAGGACUACAUUUCUAAAAUAGAACUUCUCAAAAGAAAUAACUGACAAAAUACGCCUUUUGUUCUAAAGUAAAAAACCCUGACUUUGUUCAUGCAGGGGUGUUUAUGUGACGAUACGUCACAAUCAUUUUAGAGCUUUGAAGUUUACAGAAGGGAAGGAGGAAUAAUUAAUUGGUUUUGGUAUGCACUUUUUACACACAAUUUAUUCACAUAAUUUACUGCAAAUGAGAGCCAAGAUACAGCUCAUGGAUCCACUGAGACCUUAGGUUUGAGAAGCACUGCAAAUAAAAGGCCACAGGACGAGGAAUACCAGCAGACUUUGCUCUUUAUUUUCUCUCAUAGACAAAAGUGUACAUACAUGAGCCAACGAGUGAGCAGGCAACCAUCACCUAUUGCUUGUCCAUCCAGGGAGGGUUGUGUUUAAGGGCAAGGGCUAAG